AUGCUGCUGCCGCUGCUGGUGACGCUGCUACUCGGCCAGGCCUGGGCCGACCCGUCGCCCACCCCGGCCACGGGCGACACCUCGAUGGACCAGGUGCUCGCGGAGCUGGCCACCUUCUACGAGUCCACUGUGAGAGCGGCCACGGCCGUGGCCCACCAGAGCACGACACAAGACCUGGACCACAUCAAGCAGACUCUGGCAGCACUCGUCUCCCGGCUGGACUCCCUGCAAGAGGUCCAGAGCUCUGUCUCCUCAAGGCUGGACUCUGUGCAAGAGGUCCAGAGUUCGGUCUCCUCGCGGCUGAACUCGGUGCAAAAGGUCCAGAGCUCAUUCUCCUCAAGAUUUGACUCCCUGCAAGAGGUCCAGAGUUCCGUCUCCUCACGGCUGGACUCCUUGCAAGAGGCCCAGGUCUCAUUCUUCUCAAGAUUUGAUUCCCUGCAAGAAGUCCAGAGCUCUGUCUCCUCAAGGCUGAACUCGGUGCACGAGACCCAGAGUUCGGUCUCCUCACGGCUGGACUCGGUGCACGAGACCCAGAGUUCGGUCUCCUCACGGCUGGACUCGGUGCAAGAGGCCCAGAGUUCGGUCUCCUCACGGCUGGACUCGGUGCAAGAGGCCCAGAGUUCAGUCACCUCACGGCUGGACUCCCUGCAAGAGGUCCAGAGCUCAUUCUCCCCAAGAUUUGAUUCCCUGCAAGAGGUCCAGAGCUCUGUCUCCUCAAGGCUGGACUCGGUGCACGAGACCCAGAGUUCGGUCUCCUCACGGCUGGACUCCCUGCAAGAGGUCCAGAGUUUGGUCUCCUCACGGCUGGACUCGGUGCAAGAGGCCCGGUUCAUUCGGAGGUGA